CGUGCGGGUCGGUUAGUGUAACGGUGUUUAUAGCGCUCCCACUGGGAAAAGCUGCCUUCGCCCAAAAGUAAACAACAACAAUAAUUAAAUAACAUUUGUCCACCGCCCGAGUGCUGCACAUAUAUAUCCAUGCGUAUGCUCCAUAAGUAGCUGGAAAAUUUCGCAGACGACACAGAAACGUAUUUAAAUUAUAUAAACAAGAGACCGGAAUCCAAAUGCCCGCUAGUGGGCACUGAUAACCCGCCGAUAACGCGGCUCCGUGGUUCCAUUGGCAAUUUGCUAUUUGCAUUGAUGAACUGUGCGCGCCGCCCGCAGUGCAUAACGAAAGCAGAAACCAAGCCGUAAUCCAAAUUCCGUCAUCCGCAUCAACGGAGCGUGGGGUUCAUCGAUAAUCAGUGGAAGAACCCCUGCAGACCUCCAGACCACAGAAUCCUCCUCCUGCCCGAUUAUCCUUUGAUGUCUGAGUGAGUGAGAGUGUGUCUCAGUGUGCAAAGUGUGAAAAAGCGCAAAAUAAAUAUUAAAAGCGAAACGUGCGUGGAUUAGAAAGCAUAAACCGGCUGGCUGGCAGGCAGGCAGGCAGGAUCCUUUGAAAGGAGCAGCAACCACAACAACUACCGCCAACUUGGUAGUGAGAGCAGAAACAUUCCCAUAAGACACUGCCGCCAGCAGACGGCGUCUGGCGCCGGAACUGUCUAGCGGCAGCAACAGGAGCAGCAGCAGAUAUUGCGACUGUAGCGGCAACAAACAGACAUGGCCAGCCAAAGGAUACGGAGCCGGCCAGAAGAAGGACGAAAAGGACGAAGAAUGAGCAGCGCCUGCCGACCGGGAGCCUUGCAUACGGCAUUCAAUAUGCUGGCGUUGAGCUGGAUUAUAAUCUCAGAGUUAUUGCUCAGUGCUCACUGCCUGAAGGACCUGAAGAUAUUUGUACCGGAGGCCGUAUUAAUGGGAAAUGCAGCGACAUUGUCUUGUCAAUACGAUUUGGAGCAGGCGGCGCUUUACGCGGUACGCUGGUACUUCGGACAGGAGGAGUUCUACCGCUACGUUCCCCGCGAGGCCAAGCCCACAUUUGUCUUCGCCGUCGCCGGCAUUAAUGUUGAUCUCGCCAACUCGGAUGCCACGUCGGUGACGUUGAAGGGUGUCACCCGGGAGCUGAGCGGCAGCUAUCAGUGCGAGGUCUCCGAGGACGCACCGCUCUUCCACACCGAGAUUCGAUCGGCCCACAUGCAGGUGAUUGAGCUGCCCAAAGACGAUCCGGUGAUGCAGGUGGACAAGAAGGUGAUUGGCGUGAACGACAACUUCAAGGCUGUGUGCACGGUGGGACCUUCGUAUCCGCCGGCCAACAUCACCUGGAGCAUCAACGGAAACCAGAUCCGCAGGACGCCGCUGCAGCGUAUCUCGCAGGACACCUACGAGGGCUCCACCACGUACUCCUCGCUGGACAUCUACCCCAACAGCCAGGCGCUGCAGGGCUUCUUCGAGACGAAGUACCAGCACAGCGUGAACCUGCAGUGCGUGGUGACCAUCCGGCACAUGUACCACAAGGUCGUGGCGCAGCGGAUCGGGCUGAAUGCGGCGCCGCCGACGACCAUAUCGCCAAAUCUGCUGGGACUCGAGGGAUCCAAGCGGUAUGCCAACGGAGAUCCGGACAACUCGGCGCUGACAGGCGCCUCUCAGCGCUGCUGCAUUUGCUGUGGAGCCUUUGGCGCUGUUUCGCUGGCGAUUUUCACACUGGCCAUGGCGCAUCUGUGACCGCAGCGGACCGCUUAAAUCCGCCAUGGAAAACGCAAAUGCAGCCGGACAAGUCACCUCCAAGGAUGAAACAACAGCGCGAGCUGUGUAAUUAAAAAAUAACAAAACAGAACGAGUGCUUGAUAGCAAAAAAACAGCAAAGGAUAUGCAAAAAUCAAAAGGAAAAAACAAAAAAAAACCUAUAAUGGGUUUGGGAGUGGGGGAAAGUGUUGGCGACAGCGACCGUGGAUUGUCAACGCCUAGUAGCAUGUCCUUGUAUUUUAUAUUUUUUUUUUAUUUGCCUCAUUCGCCAAACAAACAAAAAAAAAACUGGGUCGCAGUCCAUAAGUUCAAAGCGAAGGAAUAUUUUCAAUGCAUUAAUUAAUUUGCGAUGGCUACAUACAAAAUUCUGAUAAUAACAAUACAUUAAACAUAAGUCAGCCGGGGCUGAAUUUCCACACAAGCUCGGGCAUAGAUCGAAAAGAAGGUUAAAAUAAUAAUAGUAAAAGUAAAUAUAUAGCAUAAAUUUAAUACGUAACACACGUAAUUGCAUGUUGUGGAUGAAGGCGUGGUGUUUAACUCUUCGAAAAAAAACUACAAAACUGCCUGCAGACAACACAGAGUAUAGAAAAAAGAAACGAAUCCAUAAAUUUAAAUAAAUUAACACAUGCACUUGCAAACAACACUUGCAAACAAAUUACAUAACAAAAGAAAACAACAAUUAAUAAGCAUAAGCGACACACAUUUAACUACUAAGUACACCCUACCCUCCAACUACCGCAGCCUAGGCACAUAAGUUAUGUAAAUAAUUACUGUAAAGAACUAACGAAAAAACAGUAAAUAAUAAAUUAAUAAAUACGAAACCCUCACAUGGGCAAACAUUAAUUAAAGCUAGAGCAAAAUGUGUGGAGAAAAAGUUAAAUACAAAACUAAUUAAGUCCUUAUGAAAAAUCUAUAAAAUCGGAACAGUCAAAAUGGAUAUUGGCCAAAUUCAGUUUAAUUGGAUUUGUUUUCAUUUCAAUUGUGGCUUAUUUGCGGCAUCAUUUUGUCCAUUUUCUGUUGAAUGUUUUAUUUCCGUCGAACGGUUUGUGUUAGCAGCAUAAGAUGGACUUUGUUUUAGACUAAAUUUACAUAAAUAAAUGCAGCGUAUAUAUUUAUCGAGUAAUGGUUGCCGUGGAGAGGAACUUUAGUGGGUAUAUGUUAGUUGAAAGAUGUUAAGAGUGCAUUCUGCGGAACGCACUGAAGGUAAAUCCAAACUCCUUGGCCAAAGGACUAUUUUUAGAUGUUGAUGCGCAGCGCAAACUCACAAAAAUUCGGGUUGAUUGAUUAUGAGUCGUGUUCUGCAUAAUCGUAUUUCUCAGCUAAGAAACGAACAUUUUGGAAAUAUUUCCAAUUACUGAGUAAGCCCAAAAAGCAAAAUAAUGUAAAUCAAAAGAGAAGAGAAACCGAUAUUAUUUUAGCGAGUUGCGGCAGAUCGAAGUAACUGAAGCCCAAACUAAACUUAACUAAACUGAAAUGCAAACUAAUAACAAAAUGUAAAAUCAAACUUAAAUACAGGAAAACGAGAAAAUAACAAAAGCCGAUGAGAGUCGAGCAAACGAGUCAACGGGAGGAAAUUAUAUAUUAAAUAUGCAUAAUUAUGAAUAAUUUAAUGCGAGUUAAGCAAAGGCAAAAAGGUCAAACGAAAUCAAACCACACAAAAACCAACAAAGUGCACGCCGAUGUGGGCGUGGAAUUUAGCUCAAAAUUAAAUGCGAUAAAGGCAAGAAUUAU